ACUUCAUUUCUUACCCUCUCACUGACAGUCUCUCAAAGCCUCGAUCUAGCAGAAGAGAAGAAGAGUAGAAAGCUUGAAUUCUGAAAUCGUUUCAAGCCAUGAGCACAACUCAACAAGGAACCCACUCCCUUGCCUUCAGGGUGAUGCGGCUUUGCAAGCCUUCUUUCCACGUCGAACCUCCCUUCCGCCUUGACCCCGCCGAUCUCUUCGUCGGUGAAGACAUCUUUGACGACCCACUCGCUGCCGCUAACCUUCCUCCGCUCUUAUCUUCCCAACUCACUAAGUCAAUGGACUCCUCCGAUCUGACUUACGGCAACCGAUUCCUCCUCCACCAUCCAUCUGAUGCUAUGGGCUUCUCUGGCCUCCUCCUCCUCCCUCAAUCCUUCGGGGCGAUUUAUUUGGGAGAGACAUUCUGCAGCUAUAUUAGCAUCAAUAAUAACUCUAAUUUUGAAGUCAGGGACAUUAUUAUUAAGGCUGAAAUUCAAACGGAGAGGCAGAGGAUCCUCCUGUUGGAUACAUCAAAAUCACCUGUUGAAUCUGUACGUGCAGGCGGACGAUAUGAUUUCAUUGUGGAACAUGAUGUCAAGGAACUUGGAGCUCAUACGCUGGUUUGCACUGCAUUGUACAAUGAUAAUGAUGGAGAAAGAAAAUAUCUUCCACAGUUUUUCAAGUUCGUUGUUGCGAACCCUUUAUCAGUUAGGACAAAGGUCCGCACUGUCAAGGAAACUACCUAUUUAGAAGCUUGCAUAGAGAAUCAUACAAAAUCAAACCUUUAUAUGGACCAAGUUGAGUUUGAACCAGCUCCUCAUUGGAGUGCUACAGUACUAAAAGCUGAUGAACUCCAUCCUGCAGAUAAUUCAUCAACUGGUGGCAGAGAAAUAUUUAAGCCACCUAUUCUUAUCAGAUCUGGUGGGGGAAUUCACAAUUACCUUUAUCAACUGAAAUUGGCUUCACCUGAUUCUGCACAAAUGAAGGUAGAGGGGACUAAUAUUCUUGGUAAACUUCAGAUAACAUGGCGUACAAAUCUGGGUGAACCUGGUCGCUUGCAAACACAGCAAAUUCUAGGCACUCCAAUCAGUCGCAAAGAGAUUGAGUUGCAAAUUCUGGAGAUUCCAUCUCUAAUCAAUUUGGAUAAGUCCUUUUUGGUACAUCUAAAUCUCACUAACCAUACAGACAGAGAGUUGGGCCCAUUUGAGGUCCGGCUAUCACAAAAUAGCGCACAUGAGGAGAAGAAAGUUAUGAUUAAUGGGCUUCAGACUAUGGUAUUACCACAGGUGGAAGCAUUCGGUUCCACUGAUUUCCAUCUGAGCCUGAUUGCAACUAAACUUGGAGUCCAGAGAAUAACUGGAAUUACAGUGUCUGACACAACAGAGAAGAAAACGUAUGACCCAUUGCCAGAUGUGGAGAUCUUUGUGGAGUCAGAUUGAUAUAUCAAAUAGUUACCGAUUGUUUCGGCUUGCUGAAGGAAUCAUCUCUCAACCGACCAAGCAAAAGAUGCUUCGAUGUGUAAGUGUCAUUGGCAUGAGCAGCAAGCUAAUUUGUUGUGACUGUUGCCUAUGUUCAAAUUGCAAUUGUUGCAAAGAGUGGAUGGCUGUCCUCCCUCACAUAUGCCUGUUUUGAUCUGUUCGAGGUUCAAAUGCUGAGCUGCCUCAUGUGUUAGAACUUAGAUGAUGAACUCUUCAAUGUUUUCCUUUUGUCAUCACAUAUAAUUAAAGAUAUAUUUACACUACAAUGUUGUACUUGUUUAACUUGAAAGUCGAACUGCUUGUAGGUAAACAAAAGUUGUGUUUUUAAAGUGAUUAUUGCAAUAUUUUUCUGACAUUACUAAACUGAAA